CUCCGGCGCUCGGGAGCGGCGGCGGUCCCGGACGAUGGCCUCCUGCCCGUGCCUUUGAAGUUCCGUGCAAGGACGACGGCUGCGGGGACACAUGGCUACGGCUGGCAAGGGCAGCAAGGCGAAGGGGGGGGCCGUGCGCUUCGCCCCCAGCCAGCCCGCCGAGGGGGCCCACGGCCAUGUGCGCUUCGAUGAGAAGCUCCACGACUCAGCGGUGAUGGUGACGCAGGAGAAAGACGGCAGCUUCCUCGUCAAGGUGGGAUUCCUGAAGAUCCUCCACAAGUACGAGAUCACAUUCCUCCUGCCCCUGGUGCAGAGGCUGGGGAAGGACAUCUGUGCCGUUCCACUCCCCAACCUCAACCUCCGAGUCAUCGGCAUCACCCCCCUGCCAGAAGGCUACAGCGUGAAGUGCGAGUACACAGCACACAAGGAAGGGGUCCUGAAGGAGGAGAUGGUCCUGGCCAGCGAGGCCGGUGAAGGCGCCUGUGUCAAGGUCGUGGUACAAGCCCGUGUCAUGGACCGGCACCACGGCACGCCGAUGCUCCUGGACGGGGUGCGCUGCAUCGGCGCGGAGCUGGAGUACGACUCGGAGCAGAGCGACUGGCACGGCUUUGACUAGCCCCCCCUGCCCUCCCGACGCCUGCGUGGCUCCCAAGGACGAAGCGCAAAUUUAAAAAACAGAAGAAACCAACCCAAACCCCGCCUCCGACCCGGGGGCUGUGGCUCUGCGGCCACCAUGGAGCUGGGGGUGAGCUGCUGCCUCCCCCUCCCCGCUAUCGCCACUGGAGCGCACUCGCCCUCCCUGCUGUGGGCUUGGGGGUCCCCAAAGCGCAGGAGGGGGUUCCCAAAUGCCGGAGGUAUCUGCCUGGAGCCUCGGGCAGGGAUCCCGCUCGCCACCUCCAGCUGCUGCUGCUGCUUUCCCUCGCUUUUCUCCCUGCCCUCCCCAGGAAAGGCGGCCUUUGGGGACGGCGGAGCCCCAGCUGAGCCCCCCGCGGGGUGAAAUUGUGCCUCCUGGGAUUUGGAGCUGAGCUGGGCCAUGGGCUGGGGCAGGAUCUGGCCGCGAGGCUGGGAAACCAGGUCCCCAGUGGCUCCGGAGCUGGUGCCAGUGCCCGUGUCCCCAUGGCUGUGCCCAUCCACCUCCUCGUGCUGCAGCCAUCGCCUUAGUCUCCUUCCAUUUUCCCUUUUUUUCCUUUUUUUUUUUCCUGGUAAGACCCGUGGUACAAGGACCAGGAGAAGUGGCUCAGUUUUGAAAGCAACAGGAGGCUUUAUGUGCCUAUAUAUAUAUAUAUAUAAAUAUAUAGAUAUAUAUACACA